AUGAAGAUGUUGGUUUCCCUGUGUCUUUUACUUGUUGGAAUCCUUUCCAACAGUUACUGCUAUGAGCCUUAUCCACAAGGGGUAAGAAACCAGAAUCCAAGAGCACAAGAAAACCAAAACAUGCCAUGGCAGAAUGUAAGGAACAGUGUUUGUCGAUUUGCAUGUUGUUUCUACAAAGAUAUUUCUUCUCGUGAAAACAACGGAAAUGUUUUCUUCUCUCCUUUGAGCAUCUCAACCGCCUUUGCAAUGCUGACUCUGGGUGCCAGAUCAGACACCCUGACACAGAUUCUUAGGGUCCUUUGCUUUAACCCUGGUCAGAUUUCUGAAAAUGAGAUACAUGAAGGUUAUCGUCAACUCAUGCAAAUGAUAAACAGAAGGAAUGCGGGGUUACAGUUGAAUAUGGGAAAUGUUCUGUUUGUGCUUGAUCGACUGAAGCCACAAGAAAAGUUUUUAAGUAAUCUCAGAAACUUCUAUGAAGGAGAAGCUUAUCCUAUGAACUUCAAGCAGGCUAAUCAAGCCCAGAUAAAGAUCAAUGAAUAUGUAGGAAGAAGAACGAAUGGAAAAAUCAAGGACCUCAUAAAUAACCUAGAUCCGCUUACUGAAAUUCUCCUUAUUAGCUAUAUCUAUUUUAACGCUGAAUGGGAAAAACCUUUCGAUCCAAAAUACACCAAAAUGAGCAAAUUUUUUGUGGAUGGGACCAAGGUUGUUGAAGUCCCAAUGAUGUUUGGAAUGGGCCUGUUCAAGCAUGGCUAUGAUGAGCAGCUGUCUUCCACUGUGGUGCAAAUGGAUUACAAAGGAGGUGCUUCAGCGUUUUUUAUUCUGCCUGAUAGAGGAAGAAUGAGGAAGCUGGAGAAAAGAUUGUCUUGUGAACAUUUGUCAAGAUGGUCAACAUUAGUCACAAAAAGCUCAGUAAAUUUGUAUCUUCCGAAAUUCACGCUUUAUGGGACAUAUAACCUAAAAGAUAUCUUAUAUAAAAUGGGCAUCAUGGAUCUAUUCACUGAUAAGGCUGACCUCUCUGGGAUCACUGGGCAGCCCCAGCACAGAAUUUCCCAGGCUAUUCACAAGGCUGUGGUAAAGGUGGAUGAGACUGGCACCGAAGCAGCAGCUGCCACAGGCAUGGAAAUAGUGCCCAUGUCCGUCCCAAUUACUGUUAGAUUCGACAGGCCCUUCCUAAUGGUCAUAAAUAUGGACAACACUAUACUCUUCAUGGGAAAAAUUGUGAACCCUCUCAGAAAAAAUUAA